AUGCAAACUGCUUCAGACCUGGUGACGAGGAAUUAUCGCAACGAACUGUGGGAGAUCGCCGUUGGUCACAUGGAGAAGGCGCUGAAUGACCAUUUUGUAUUUUGCUUUAUCUCUUGCUUCUUGCCGUUGUUACAGGGUUACGGAUUUCAAGUCUCUCGUUUGUAUCGUGUGCUACAGAACUUCCGGGACCAGUACAACGAAAUACUGAUGUCAAAGUGCUGUGCUCAGUUCGACGAGUUGCUGGCGACCGAUAACUACACACCGAUCGUCGUCACAAACGAGGACGAUUUGAGGUGUUUGGAAGAGCGGUUUCCGUUAGCGAGGAAGAUCGAAGAGAUGGAAGGUAGCGGCGGCGGCAUCGACUCGGCGGAUAUUUCGAGCGAAGGCGGCUUCCCCCGCAGCUUUCCCUUUUCAGAACUGGCGCCAAGCGUCUAUGAACAUGUAAAGGAGUUCAUUCGCGGCUGCUUCAAGUUUAUCGAUAAUCUGGGAAUGAGUCAGACAGACAUCGACGAAAAUAUCCGCAGAACAACCAACGUGCUACUCGAACGCUUCAGCGGACAUCUCAAACGCUACCUGAUCGACGAACUGAAAACGACUUCGUUGGCACAACUGGUUCAGAUCACGAUUAAUAUGGGAUACCUGGGAAAAAGCUGUGACCUCCUCGACCUCUAUAUCAGAAAAGUCACCGGGCGCAUCAGGAGGAUAUGUCGUGAGAUUGAAGGAAGACAUGUUCAAGCGCAGUACCACUGGGAAAUCAGCUGUUGCGAUGGCCGACCCAGUGGCUACAUAACCGAUCUGAUUCGUUUCCUGCACACGACAUUCAUUGCGUUCACGAAUCUUCCGGUAGUUCUGGCUAGACACAUAUGUGUCCAAUUGUGUAAGUACAUCGCAUCGAGACUUUUCAUGUUCCUCACAGACCCAGAAAUACGACAGAUCAGCAUUGGUGCCCUCGAACAGAUCAACCUGGACGUAGUUCAGUGCGAACAAUUUGCGGCUCAAUGCCCUGUUCCCGGUUUCGAGGAUGGAACUCUCGUAAUGACCUUUGCUGACCUACGGCAGGUAAGAAUGAUACCCUGUGUUAUGAUGUUGAUAUGAAU